UCCUCUGCGCCUCCGGUUCACACAUUGCAGGAUUCAGACGCGCAACGGGAGGAAUGCGAGGCAAAAAUCGGUGUUUAUUUGGACUUUUGGAUGAGAGAACUUCCUUUUAACGCGUGCGUUUUGAUUUCGAGAGUCUCCGGAGCCCAUAAAAAGGCUUUAAAAUGUCUCACCAGCAGCGACUUGUUCAGCUCUCAGCAGCUUCGCUGGCUGUAGUUUUCGGCACGGACGAGGAGAGUGUGCGCGCCGGCGGAGGGAAACUCGGCGGCACCGGUGCGAACGGUCAGGAGAUUUUCGAUGACUUUAAAGCGCAAAACUCGCGAAGUUUCUGGAAUAAGAGACUGGUCAAGGCUAUAGCUGAGGUGUACUUUCAGGGAUGGAUGGAAAACUUCGUGCUUUUCAUUCAAGGCAACGCCAGCAACUUGGAGGUGCUGAGGGAAGCGUGGAUGCGCAGGGCUUUGAGGUCACCGAAGGGAUUUAUCAUUAAAGCUGUCGGUGACCUGUCCCCAGUGCAGAUGUCGCCUGUUCCUCAGUCCCAGUUCAUUCCCCUGGCUGAGGUGUUGUGCUCAGUCAUCUCAGACAUGAACUCUUCCCAGAUCACCGUCAGUCAAGACUCACUUGUCAACUACAUGAGCAAAGCUCAUCCAGGGAUAACCAUCCCCACUCAGGACAUCCUCUAUAACGCUUUAGGCAAUCUGAUCAAGGAACGCAAGAUUUACCACACAGGCGAGGGCUACUUCAUCGUCACUCCACAGACUUAUUUCAUCACCAACAACAUGGUCAGAGAGAAGAACUGGUGGACUUCUUCUUCGGCAGAUGACGCUCCUUUACCUCCUCCCGUUACUUACCUGCUAAGUAACGACAUCUGCGUCGAGAGCACACAAACGCCCCCAGUCGCCCACUGCAAGUCCUGCAGCUGUUUUAGCCCCCUCCAAAUCUCCACUAAUGCCACGACUGCUCCAGCAACUGUCCCUCCCUCCACCGUCCCAGAUCAGCAUUCCGUGUCCGUGUCCAUAAGCGAAUGCACGGGGAAAAGCUUAAAGUGGCCGCGACCUUUAGAUCACAAACCCACCGUGCAACAUCAGUCCACCUCCACUGCAGCAGAUUGUCAGGCAAGUGAGAUCAGCAAGACUACAGCCACUACUAACGCCACCAGCCGCAAAGAAAAAGAUAAACCAGGGAGGAGGUUUGGGCUCAGUUUGUUCCGGAGGAAUGGAGGAAAAAAGGAGAAACCGAAGAAGGAGUAUGCAUCUUUUUCAGGCCAGUUCCCUCCAGAAGAGUGGCCUGUAAGAGACGAGGAUGACCUGAACAACUUACCCCGUGAUCUGGAGCAUGCAAUCAUCAAACGCAUCAACCCUGAGCUAACUGUGGACAAUCUGACACGCCAUACCGUCCUCAUGAAGAAGCUGGAGGAGAGAAGGGAGAGAGGGAUAGAAAAAGUGCUGGACAAGGGUGUUGAUAAAGAUGAUAAGGGAGUUGACAAGGGAAUGUCUACUGAGGUAUUGGCAUCUUCAAAACUGAGGCAUCAUCACUCAUCCAAGGCAGGAGCAGGCAAAAGAUCUGCUCAGAAAGCCUCUCGCAGCAAGAGGAGGAGCCACUCGUCCAAAGAGAAGCACAGGGAAAAGGAGAAGGACAAGGUUAAGAACAAAGCUUCCAUAUGUGCGGACAAUUAUCCAGAGGGGGAGGAUUUGAUCCCUACGCGGCUCAGAGUGGAAAUCGCUGUUGAUGAACCAGUUCAAGUGGAAGAAUGUGGAACUGCUGAGGGAAAGUCUCUUUAUAAGAAACGCAUUGAAAACCCUUUCCAGGCACAUCCGCUGAAAGAAGCCGAGAACAGAAUUCCCGCUGCCAGAGAGCACAGAAGACGAGAGGUGAAAGAGCACAAGACUUCGGGAUCAGGGAGGAAGGACCGAACGAGUCAUCGCUCCAAAUCUUGGGACCCACACCGAGCCAGACUGAUGGCAGCAGAUGGAGAGAAUGAAGAGAAAUUCACUACAUCUGAAGAACAAUACAACUGCAACCCUGAGAGGGACUUUAGUGCUGAUCUUCUUUUCCAGUCGGACACGAAGCCCAGCAGAGAGCUGCCACUAAACUACAGCUCAGUCUACCCACAGAGCAGUACGCUUCGCAUAGAUGACAAGGUCAGACAGAGAGAGGACAGAGAGAGCAAACAUUUUCAGGAUGCCCCAGAAUAUGACAGUAUGCCAGAUCGCAGCCAAAAUAUAGUUGGAAGUCUUCCUAACAUCCAGCAGUAUUCCAGUGCUAAUGCCUCUCUCUCCACCCAUCCCUAUGAGCUUGCCAUAAUAAACAAUGCAUAUGAUCCAAAUCUGCCAUGGCCCAAGCCCUCUUUACAGCGGAAACAUUCCCUCAGACUCUCCAACCCACAAAAAGACAGCACACAGAGGCCUAAUGAGCUCUCUGAAACUACAGAGACCCAGAACCUGCAAGAGAUCAGACCUGUCACUGUCAAUAACAGAGAGCAAAGAGCCAUGAGCCUGGGAGAAAGGCUGGAACUGACAUCUAACAGCACUGCCUUGGUAACAGACACUGAUGGCUUUACAGAGGACGACUGCAGACUCUAUCAGAGAGCAGCCGAUCAGGAGGAUGAUGAUGCCUGCAGCUCAUUGUGCCUGAAUGACGAUGAGGUUACAGAGGAUGCAAGUAAGUACACAGCAGGUGGUGCGGACUAUCAGGGUCACCAGCUGGUUUACCAAAACCGCGACUCUAAUCUGAAGUAUCAGGGACCACACAGUCGCCAUUUUAAAUCCAACUUUCACCAGCCAGAAAUCACCUUAAUGCAGGGGUCAGCAUAUCAAAUUUCUCUGGCAGUCCAGAGGGAAGAUACCCUCAGCCCGUCCAGACCUGAAGACACCAGCUGGAGACUCCAUCGUCAACACCAGAAGAUCAGAUCACCAAGAACCGAAAGCAAAUCCAGCCCAAAAUGGGAUGCAGCGAUCCAGGGAGAAAGACAGCACAAAGAUGACCUUGAUUUGGACUGUUCAGAAGCAUGUGAAGUUGGAGACAGUAGCAUCUUUGACUACUGCCAGACUAGCGAGAUCGAAUCGGACACAGAGACUGUGAGGAAGUCGGCUGAUGAAGGUGACGGUGAGUCUGCUCACUGGGCAGCUGAGGUGGAGAAGAAGGAGGAGGAAGAGAAGCAUGUACCUCAGGCCCACAGGGCUGCUCUGAGCAUGCCCGAUGGAGCUAGAGGGCCAGACGUUAGGGAAGCUGUGGAAACGGGAGAGAAUCAGAGCAUCACAGGAGACAGCGGUAUAGAUUCUCCAAGGACCCGGGUCAGCUUGGCGUCUAGCAACACUGUCAUUCUUGAAGGCCUCAAGAGAAGAGGCUUUUUGCAGAACCUGGAGAAACUGCAUUCGAAGAGCAGUGCCAUUCGAGCACAGAGCUCACUGCUGCAGCUGACUCCUGUCAUGAACGUGUAGCAGGCUUGAACUUCACGUUGGACCUUCACAGGCCUCAUCUGGAAGAGGCCUCAAACCUCGUAGUUAUAUACGACUGUUAGUAAUAUAUCCGAUAUCACAGUUUUAUGCAUAUCUUCACAUAAUGAUAGCCAUUGCUAAAGAGGCAUGUGUACAGGUGUACAGUAUAUAUUUUGUGUUUUUGUAAAUAACUUUGUGAUAUGCCAUGGUGCAUGGUGUAUUAGCAGCACUGUGUCAUUUAAAUGUACAGUUUUCCUUCUCUACAGCUCUAGUGUUGCCCUUUUUCUUUCUCAUCAUGUAGAAAUUACUACAAAUAAAACUGUAUAUAUA